AUGCGGGCGCGGAUCCGGUCCCAGCUGUCGGCGUUCUUCUUCGAGUACGACACCCCCCGCAUGGUGCUGGUGCGCAACAAGAAGGUGGGCGUCAUCUUCCGGCUCACCCAGCUGGUGGUCCUCACCUACGUCAUCGGGUGGGUCUUCCUCUUCGAGAAGGGCUACCAGACAGCGGACGGCCUCAUCAGCUCGGUGUCGGUGAAGCUCAAGGGCCUGGCGGUGACCAACAUCUCGGGCCUCGGCCUCCAGGUCUGGGACGUCGCCGAUUACGUGUUCCCGGCACAGGGGGACAGCUCCUUCGUGGUGAUGACCAACCUGAUCGUGACGGCCGGGCAGGCCCAGGGACUCUGUGCCGACAAUCCAGAUGGAGGGAUUUGCCAGGAGGACGGCGACUGCCCGCCGGGAAAACCCAAGAGAAAAGGCCAGGGCAUCCGGACCGGCAGGUGCGUGCCUUUCAAUGCCACGGCCAGGACGUGCGAGAUCCAGGGCUGGUGCCCGGUGGAGCUGGAUGACCACGUGCCCAACCCGGCCCUCCUGAGGGAGGCAGAGACCUUCACUCUCUUCAUCAAGAACAGCAUCAGCUUCCCUCGUUUCCAAGUCACCAGACAAAACCUGGUGGAGAGAGUGACCAAGCAGUAUCUGAAAAGCUGUGUGUACCACAAGAGCACAGACCCCCUGUGCCCUGUCUUUGAGCUGGGCACCAUCGUGAGAGAUUCGGGCCAAAACUUCAGUGCCCUGGCUGUGAAGGGAGGAGUGGUCGGGAUCACCAUCGACUGGAACUGUGACCUGGACUGGGCGGUGAGGCACUGUGCGCCUGUCUACGCCUUCCACAGCUUGUACGCCCACGAGAACAGCCUGUCACCGGGCUUCAACUUCAGGUUCGCCCGCUACUACAUGGAGGGCGGCACCUACCGCCGGCACCUCUUCAAGGUGUUCGGCAUCCGCCUGGACGUCCUGGUGAACGGCAGGGCUGGCAAGUUCGACAUCAUCCCCACCAUGACGACCAUCGGGUCCGGGAUUGGAAUCUUUGGGGUGGCGACCGUGCUGUGCGACCUGCUGCUGCUGCACAUCCUGCCCAAGCGCCACUACUACCAGCAGAAGAAAUUCAAGUACGCCGAGGAGGCCGCGGGCCGCGGGCCGGCGAGGACCAACGAAGACAUCUCCACCUCCACCAUGGUCCUCCAGGAGAGUCUGAAGACGCCCUGAAGUGUGCCAGGCUCGGUGCUGCUUGGGAGCCCCCUUCUCCUUCCUCCAUCCCCUGAUCCAGCCUUCGCAGGCCUCCCGGACCCCUGGGUCCCACUGCCUGCUCGCUUUACCCCUGCUCCGGGAUGGGCCCGACCAAGAGCCUCUCUGUUCCUCCUCUUCUUCCACCCCGGAGAUGAAUGUGCCAGCUGGGCCGUGGGCACCCCUGCCACCCGCCCCAGCGUCCCCACUGUGGACACUCGCCCAUGUCCCCACGCAGAGACUUUAGGGUUCAGAGACCCGUGCCCAGCCCGUACACACACACACACGCUCUUGUCCCUGCCCGCCUGGCCACAGUCACCCCCACCCAGGGAUGCCCACACAUCCCAGUCCCUCCCGUGUGCCUGAGUGGGCCCGGCGCACCCCCAGGUCCCACCCCCAGGCUGCUCUGCCCUCAGACAUCGGGGCACAGCUCCCCACCACCUCCAGGCUCGGAUGAGACUCCCUUUCUCGCUCCCAGAGGCUUGGCCACCUGGGUGGGUGGGCCUGGCAGCCAGAGGGUCCGGCCAGCCCCCGGUCUGGGCACAGCUGUGGUCCUGACUCAAGAAGAGGCCCGAGUGUUGGUCCUCCUGGGCCUGCAAUUGUCCCCUGGCCCCGGGCACAGGAAGAAGAUGCUGGAAGGAGGCAGCCUAGGACUGGCCCUGCUAAGGAGGCGCCAGGGCAGGAGGUGGAGUAGAUGUUUUGCAGCGGACUGUGGGAUGGCUCUAAUAAACAAUCUCUGGUUUGGUA